CACAGGCAGAGGCACAGGACAGUUACUGCUCCCUGCUGACAGACCCCAGGUGCGGCCGGCGCCAUGGCGGGAGCCUCGGUGAAGGUGGCAGUGCGUGUCCGUCCCUUCAACUCCCGGGAGAUGAGCAGGGAAUCCAAAUGCAUUAUCCAGAUGUCAGGAAGCACCACCACUAUCCUGAACCCAAAGCAGCCCAAAGAGACACCAAAAAGCUUCAGCUUUGACUAUUCCUACUGGUCCCACACCACGCCCGCAGACAUCAACUAUGCAUCUCAGAAGCAAGUGUACCAGGACAUUGGUGAGGAGAUGCUGCAACAUGCCUUUGAAGGCUAUAAUGUCUGCAUCUUUGCCUAUGGGCAGACAGGUGCUGGAAAAUCCUACACCAUGAUGGGGAAGCAGGAGAAAGACCAGCAAGGCAUCAUUCCACAGCUCUGUGAGGACCUCUUCUCCCGGAUCAAUGACACAACAAAUGACAACAUGUCCUACUCCGUGGAGGUGAGCUACAUGGAGAUUUACUGCGAGCGCGUGAGGGACCUUCUGAACCCCAAGAACAAGGGGAACCUGCGGGUGAGGGAGCACCCCCUGAUGGGCCCCUAUGUUGAGGACCUUUCCAAGCUGGCUGUGACCUCUUACAAUGACAUCCAAGACCUCAUGGACUCUGGAAACAAGGCCCGCACAGUGGCUGCCACCAACAUGAACGAGACCAGCAGCCGCUCCCACGCUGUCUUCAACAUCAUAUUCACGCAGAAGCGGCACGAUGCCGAGACAGACAUCACCACUGAGAAGGUCAGCAAAAUCAGCUUGGUGGACCUGGCAGGCAGCGAGCGAGCUGACUCCACCGGUGCGAAGGGCACAAGACUAAAGGAAGGAGCCAACAUCAACAAAUCCUUGACCACACUGGGGAAAGUCAUCUCUGCCCUGGCUGAAAUGGAUUCAGGGCCAAACAAGAACAAGAAGAAGAAGAAGACUGAUUUCAUCCCCUAUCGGGACUCAGUGCUGACCUGGCUGCUGCGGGAGAACCUGGGGGGCAACUCCAGGACAGCCAUGGUCGCUGCUCUCAGUCCUGCAGACAUCAACUAUGAUGAGACCCUCAGCACCCUCAGGUACGCUGACCGUGCCAAGCAGAUCCGCUGCAACGCUGUCAUCAACGAGGACCCCAACAACAAGCUCAUCAGGGAGCUGAAGGAUGAGGUGGCACGCCUGCGUGACCUUCUCUACGCCCAGGGCCUUGGGGACAUAAUUGACAUGACCAAUGCCAUUGCUGGGAUCAGUCCUUCCUCCUCCCUCUCAGCCCUGUCCAGCCGUGCUGCCUCUGUCGCCAGCCUCCACGAGCGCAUCAUGUUUGCUCCAGGCAGUGAGGAGGCCAUAGAAAGGCUCAAGGAAACAGAGAAGAUCAUUGCAGAGCUGAAUGAGACAUGGGAGGAGAAGCUACGUAGGACAGAAGCAAUCCGGAUGGAGAGGGAAGCAUUGCUGGCUGAAAUGGGAGUGGCCAUGAGAGAGGAUGGAGGUACCUUAGGUGUUUUCUCUCCUAAAAAGACACCCCACUUGGUCAACCUGAACGAGGACCCACUCAUGUCUGAGUGUCUUCUCUACUACAUCAAGGACGGGAUAACAAGGGUGGGCCGGGAAGAUGCUGAGAAGAGGCAGGACAUCGUCCUCAGCGGGCACUUCAUUAAGGAGGAGCACUGCCUGUUCCGCAGCGACACCAAAUCCGGCGGUGAAGUAAUAGUGACCCUGGAGCCCUGUGAAGGUGCUGACACCUACGUGAAUGGCAAAAAGGUGACAGAGCCCAGCAUCCUGCGCUCAGGAAACCGCAUCAUCAUGGGGAAGAGCCACGUCUUCCGCUUCAACCACCCCGAGCAGGCUCGUCAGGAGCGGGAGCGGACUCCGUGUGCCGAGACCCCCGCCGAGCCUGUGGACUGGGCUUUUGCCCAAAGAGAGCUGCUGGAGAAGCAGGGCAUUGACAUGAAGCAGGAGAUGGAGCAGCGGCUCCAGGAACUGGAGGACCAGUACCGGAGGGAGAGAGAGGAGGCAAAUUACCUUCUCGAGCAGCAAAGGCUGGACUAUGAGAGCAAACUGGAGGCUUUGCAGAAGCAGAUGGACUCUAGGUAUUACCCUGAGGCAAACGAGGAAGAGGAAGAACCUGAAGAUGAAGUGCAGUGGACGGAGCGGGAGUUUGAGUUGGCCCUCUGGGCCUUCAGGAAGUGGAAGUGGUACCAGUUCACCUCCCUCCGUGACCUGCUCUGGGGCAAUGCCAUCUUCCUCAAGGAAGCCAACGCCAUCAGUGUGGAGCUGAAGAAGAAGGUCCAGUUCCAGUUUGUGCUCCUCACGGACACACUGUACUCACCUCUCCCUCCUGACUUGCUGCCUCCCGAUGCCGCCAAGGACCGGGAGAAGCGCCCGUUCCCCCGGACCAUCGUGGCCAUAGAAGUGCAGGACCAGAAGAACGGGGCAACGCAUUACUGGACCCUGGAGAAGCUGAGGCAGCGCCUGGACCUGAUGCGUGAAAUGUACGACCGUGCAGCAGAAGUGCCUUCCAGCGUCAUCGAGGACUGCGACAACGUGGUGACCGGCGGAGACCCUUUCUACGACCGCUUCCCCUGGUUCAGGCUGGUUGGCAGUUCAGAUAUCUCUGGCUGCAACAGCUCUCCUCUUUUCAACACAUGCAUGAGCGAGCGCAUGGCUGAUCUCACCCCCUCCCCUACCUUCUCGAACCCCGACUCCGACAUCACCGAGCCUGCUGACGAGCAGCACCAGGGGCAGGAGGAGGAGGAGGAGGAGGCGGAGGACCUGGAGGAAGACAUCUUUCCGGAGUGCCCGCUGUGUGAUGGCCGGGAUCCAUUUUACGACCGCUCCCCCCUGUUCAGUUUAGUAGGAAGGGCCUUCGUCUACCUGAGCAACCUCCUGUACCCGGUGCCCCUGGUCCACCGCGUGGCCAUCGUCAGCGAGAAGGGUGAGGUGAAGGGCUUCCUGCGUGUGGCCGUCCAGGCCAUCUCAGCGGAUGAGGAAGCCCCCGACUAUGGCUCUGGCGUGCGGCAGUCGGGGACGGCCAAGAUCUCCUUCGAUGACCAGCACUUUGAGAAGUUCCAGUCGGAGUCGUGCCCAGCUGUGGGAAUGUCUCGCUCGGGGACCUCCCAGGAGGAGCUGCGCAUCGUUGAAGGCCAGGGGCAGGUCAGCGACACGGGUCCCUCUGCUGAUGAGGUCAACAACAAUACCUGUGCAGUGACUCCAGAGGACCUUCUGCUGGACAGCCCAGAGAAGUCUGUGCCAGAUGGGCCACUGGAGACUGCUCUGGACCACCUGAAGCUGGGCAGCAUCUUCACUUUCCGUGUGACGGUCCUGCAAGCCUCCAGCAUCUCUGCAGAAUAUGCAGACAUCUUCUGCCAGUUCAACUUCAUCCAUCGCCACGAUGAGGCCUUUUCAACAGAGCCCUUGAAGAACACAGGACGGGGGCCACCGCUGGGCUUCUAUCAUGUCCAGAACAUUGCCGUGGAGGUGACCAAGUCCUUCAUUGAAUACAUCAAGAGCCAGCCAAUUGUAUUUGAAGUGUUUGGGCACUACCAGCAGCACCCCUUCCCACCUCUCUGUAAGGAUGUCCUGAGCCCACUGAGGCCAUCCCGGCGCCACUUUCCCCGUGUGAUGCCGCUCUCCAAACCAGUGCCUGCUACAAAGCUGAGCACCAUGACUCGGCCCAGCGCCGGCCCGUGCCAGUGCAAGUAUGAUCUGAUGGUCUUCUUUGAGAUCUGUGAGCUGGAGGCCAACGGCGACUACAUCCCUGCCGUUGUGGAUCACCGUGGGGGCAUGCCAUGCCAUGGGACGUUCCUCCUCCACCAGGGCAUCCAGAGGAGAAUCACUGUCACCUUGGUGCAUGAAACGGGCAGCCUCAUCCGCUGGAAGGAAGUGCGGGAGCUGGUUGUGGGUCGGAUCCGGAACACCCCAGAAGCAGAUGAGUCUCUCAUUGACCCCAACAUCCUGUCUCUGAACAUCCUCUCCUCUGGGUACAUCCACCCCUCCCAGGAUGACCGGACAUUCUACCAGUUUGAGGCGGCGUGGGAUAGCUCCAUGCACAACUCGCUGCUGCUCAACCGUGUCACCCCAUACCGGGAGAAAAUCUACAUCACUCUCUCUGCCUACAUCGAGAUGGAGAACUGCACUCAGCCUGCUGUCAUCACCAAAGAUUUCUGCAUGGUUUUCUACUCCCGGGACGCCAAGCUUCCUGCCUCCCGCUCCAUUCGCAACCUGUUUGGCAGCGGCAGCCUGCGGGCUUCCGAGAGCAACCGCGUGACAGGAGUCUACGAGCUCAGCCUCUGCCGUGUGGCCGAUGCGGGCAGCCCAGGCAUGCAGAGACGGCGUCGACGUGUGCUGGACACCUCUGUAGCCUACGUGAGGGGAGAGGAGAACCUGGCUGGCUGGAGGCCCCGCAGCGACAGCCUCAUCCUCGACCAUCAGUGGGAGCUGGAGAAACUCAGCCUGCUGCAAGAAGUGGAGAAGACGAGGCAUUACCUGCUCCUGCGUGAGAAGCUGGAGACGACUCAGCGCCUGGGGCUGGAGCCCCUGUUCCCCUGCUCCCACGAGGACUCCGAGUCCCGAAGCACCUCCUGCGGUUCCUCCCCGCUCUCUGCCGACGGAGCCCCCGAGGGCCGCACCUCACCCCCUGAGACGCCCAGCGAGAGGCAGAAGGAGCUGGCUGUGAAGUGCUUGCGCCUGCUCACGCACACCUUCAACAGGGAGUACAGCCACAGCCACGUCUGCAUCAGUGCCAGCGAGAGCAAGCUGUCUGAAAUGUCUGUGACCCUGAUGAGAGACCCCUCUAUGCCAGCUCUUGGGGUCCCCACCCUCACCCCCUCCUCCACCUGCCCGUCACUGGUAGAAGGACACUACAACACUAUGGAGGUCAGACCUCACCAGGUCUCCUCCAGGGCAGAGAGCCCUGAUCUGGAACCUGUCAUAGAAGGAGAACAGAAGAAGUCCCCAGCCCGCCGGCCUGAAGAGGAGAAGGAGCCUCAGCGCUUGCUGGUGCCUGACAUCCAGGAGAUCCGAGUCAGCCCAAUCGUCUCCAAAAAGGGCUACUUGCACUUCCUGGAGCCCCACACCAACGGGUGGGUGAAGCGCUUUGUGGUCGUCCGGCGCCCGUAUGUCUACAUCUACAACUCUGACAAGGAUGCUGUCGAGAGGGCCAUACUCAACCUCUCCAAGGCCCAGGUGGAGUACAGUGAGGACCAGCAGGCCAUGCUUAAGACCCCGAACACGUUUGCGGUGUGCACGGAGCACCGGGGCAUCCUGCUGCAGGCGAGCAGUGACAAGGACAUGCACGACUGGCUCUACGCCUUCAACCCCCUCCUGGCUGGGUCUAUCAGAUCCAAGCUGUCUAGAAGGAGAACAGCCCAGAUGAGAAUCUAACCUGAAAAAUACCCUCCACCUCAUCCGUCUGCCAACAGGAUCAAGAUAGCUGAUUCUGUCUCAAGACUCCCAUGUUAACAUCUGAUCUCUCACACCAUCUGCUGCCCCUGCUGUGUGCUCCAUGGAAGGAUCUGUCUCGAUUCACACCUUCACAGGGGAAACUCACUUCCAUUCAUAGCUGCAAAAGCCUGGACCUGCCUGGGCAGAAUUUCUCGUGUGCGUGCCAUCUUCUGCCCAUUCCCCCCAUGGGUGAACUUCAUGUCACACCAUCUGUAACGCUCCAGAAAAAUCCCUGUCAGAGAGGAGGGAGCAAGGAGGGGAGUUUCAGCUGGAAGCUGGUCUUUGAUCUACAGAGGUGGGUGCAUGGUGAAGCUCGGAGGUGGCAGAGCAGUAGGAAUUGCCUCUGUGCAAAGGGAAAGUUGUAGUUUAUGUAUGGGGAUUUCCUAGUUUAUUGGUGUUUCUGCAAGAGAUGGCAGGGUAAGAUCAGGUGUCAGUAGUUUAAGAUUAUAUUUAUAAAGUAUUUAUUUCUAUUUACAUCAAAAAAAACCCCGUAAGUUGGGUCCUAGCCCCCCCAGAUACUGUGUCUCCCCCAGGCAGGGGAGACCAUUGGCAGUGGGUCAGGGUCCCAGAGAUGCCUUCCCUGGGAGGGACAUUCCUGGCAUGUGCCCUGCAGUGGCGAUGCUCUCACCCUCAUUCCCUGCCCUUCCCCAGCCCUCUGCUUUACCCACCCUUCAGCUUAAACUACUUUCCCCCCCCCGAGCAGUGGCUGGACAGCCCAGCAUGUCUUCCCAAAGGAGGCAAUUCCUACCUGCCCCAUCUACCUCUGGAAGGGUGGAGCCUGCCACAUCCCAGCUGGCUGGGGCACCCGUGUCCACAUGGAUGGGUCACCUUGCUUCAAAGCUUGGCCCUGCUGGAGGGAAAACAAGGGCUCUGAGGAUGGCUCUGCCUGUCACCUCAUGCAGCACUGUCCUUCCCAACCAAAAACACGCAGGCCACCUCCACUAUCCCAGCCUGGGAGAACCCAGUGGACUUGUCCGAAGAGAUUCCCCCCUCUUAGGGCAGGAAGCUGAGGGUCUCGUCCCUGCAGGGAGUGUGGAGGUUCAGCUGGCUGCUUCCACAGCUGGAUAGGAAAGUUCUUCAGGAGCCAGGGCUAGGAGUGACCACCCUAAUUCACAGGAUCCUGGUCACCCUUUCCCAAAAAGGUUGUCAUGUUGCUUCUCCUGGCAGGAUGAUAGGCUCAAAGCAGGUCAGAAGGGCAGGGGGAGAGGCUGGUGUGAGGGUUAUCAGGUGGAGAUGGGGCUUCUUUUUCCUGCUGUAGCUGGCAUUUUCUCACCAUUCUUCCCCUCCUGCAGAAGUAAGCACCUGCCUCCUUCCCACCCUGCCUCCAUCAGCACAUUAAUCCAGGGGGCUUCCCACAGCAGAGAUGGCUUUGCUGAAAAGGCCUUUUCCAAUCAUCCCUGCUCCCCACCUCCCUCAGCAGCACUUCUCCCUCUCCUCCUCCCACCUCUCACCCAUGGGGGGGGAAUGCUUUCCUUUGGGGCUUCCCAAGUGUCUGGCAGCCUCCAGCACAGCUCUGGGCAGGGAGGUGAGCAUCUUCCCAGCUCCCCCAGCUCCCCCAGCUUCACUCUCACUCACACCUUUGUGGCCAACCUUCCCUGGCACAGCACAGCUGUGCCUGGGCUCUGCCGCACGUCCCCGCGCUGUGGUGUGCCUGUGGGUGUGCCUGUGGGUGUGGGUGUCAGACGUGGUGCUCUUGUCUCAUUAUGCUGGUGUUGUGAGGGGCACGGACUGGCAGGGACGUGGCAGACAGGCAGGAGCUUGCAGGGACCUCCUCGCUGCACCACCAGGCACAGUACAGCUGGGGUUUCAGGUGGUGGAAAGGGUUUGGGGAUCCUUCCUGAGGCCCUGCUGGUUCUGCCUGACCUUUGCAAAGCUUCCUUGAGUGUCUCACCCCAUUGCUUUGGUCCAAAGCCACAGCAGGGCUGCUCCUCCCAGCCCCACUCCCCAGGCAGAAUCCCAGGACAAGCUCUUUAUCAAACUGAGGGGUUUUCUCCCCAACCCCCCCCCGUGAUCCCCGUUAGCAAACUGAGGGCUGGUUUGUGUCCUCCAUGGAGGGAGAGGUGGGUGCCUGGGGGCACGGAGGGGCAGAGCCAGGGCAGAGCAGGGACUCGGGCUGCUGAGACACCUCGGCUCCUCUGCCCUCGGCAAGGACCAGUUGGUACCACUCCGAAUUUCAGCCGAAGGGACUGAGUGCCCCAGGGAGACCUUCCAGGGUGAGGGCAGCUUCUGGUGGAGACAGGACCCAUGUCUGCCAGGGACCAGACACAGGUUCAGUGACCACAGCUGGGUGCUGCAGGCAAGGGGUGGCCUUGGGUCUGGCACCCCCCAGCCAGAGCCGAGUCGUGCCUGAGGCCAGCAAACCUGCAGAGCCCGUGGCCUGGCCGGGGGCUGCCACACCACUGCAGCAGCAGCAGUCCCGGGGGUGUCCCCAGCUUGCCAGCUGCCCUCACCGGCUCCACUCCUGCCAGCACCACCACCUCCCCCCCAGCUGGACCCCUGCCCACCCCCCAAGAUCCCCACGGUCCUGCAGGAUGAGGAACAGAAACCCGGGGUUAGGAGCCCCCUGGGGAGGGGAACCUUUCCCUGGGGAAGGAGGAGUGGCACGGAGGGUGGGUGAGCACUGGCCCGCUGGGGCCCUGCAGAGGAGGGAGGGUGGGCUGCCCCUCACCCCCACUGCCAGGGCAGCGUCCCCAGGCCCUCCCUGGCCCCUGCCCGGGGGUCGCCGCCUCCGGUCCCGGCCGUCCGCACACGUGAGGCUUGUUCGGUUCUGAAAUAAAUGUGGCAUUUAACG